UGGGAAAAAAGUGUAUGGAAAUACGUUCGAGACACUUAAUAAUACUACAUCAUUCCCCACUAAUUGCAAUCUAAUGAGAAUGCUAAAUCAGAAUUCAAUAUUUCAUUUUUGAUUAAUCAGCAUGCACUAAAUAAUGUGAUACUCAAAUAUCGCAAUUACACGUAUGGUUUAUUUAUUAAAUUAAAAAGCAGGUGUCAAUUCUUUUCUAUAUUCUGUUUUGGUAUUAAAGCGGAGUAAAGCCAUAAAUUCCUACUACUAGUUGCUUUUCUGAUUUCUCACUCCAGCAAUCAGUUAAAAGUAGAGUUCACACAGCUGGAACAUUCUCACACCAACUAUACUGGAAAUACACAGUGAGAAAUAUCUCAAAAAAUGGGGAUUUCAGUUCCCAUUCUCGCCAUCGCCAUCUCUCUGCACCUCAUUGCCUUCGUGCUCGCCGUCGGCGCCGAACGACGCCGUAGCACGGCGACGGUGAAACCAGAUCAGUACGAUGAGAGAACGUACUGCGCGUACGACACCGACGCGUCGACGGUGUACGGGCUGGGGGCGUUUGGACUGCUGCUGAUUGCGCAGGCGUUGAUUCACGGCGUUACCAAGUGUUUCUGCUUUGGGAGAGGGAUGAUGGGCGGCCGCCGCUCUACUACUCGCGCCGUCGUCUUCUUCGUCCUCUCAUGGGUCAUCUUUCUAGCUGCGGAGGCAUGCUUGCUGGCAGGAUCAGCUCGGAAUGCUUACCACACGAAAUAUCGAGCAAUUUUUCAUGUAGAGCACUUAUCUUGUGCCACUCUUCGUAAGGGUGUGUUCGCUGCAGGUGCUGCCCUAACAUUGUUAGCAAUGACGGCAACCACUUUUUACUAUUGGAUGCACACCAAGGCUGAUACUGGUGGAUGGGAAAAGCAUCAAAACGAAGGAGUCGGAUUAACCCCCUCACAUUUUGCAGAGAAUCAGCAUCAGAUGAAGACCGGUGAAUUUGACAAAGUGUAAUCUUUGAUUGUUAAACAAAGGUUUUAAGUACUGUUGUUUGUCAUGUCUGAAAUGAUACAAAGAUGUCUGCACUGUAAUGUGCUAACUUAAGUGCGGUAUAUAAAUAUCUGUUGUAGAAUUUCUUUUUUGUUA